AUGGCGUCAGAAACGGCGUCGUUGGUUGAAAUUGAAACGACGACUGUGUCUGAGAAAAUAGGGAAGCAUAGGAUUCUUGCAGAACUCAAGCGCCUCGAUCAAGACAUCAAAUUCCUUCAGGAAGAAUUGGAAGAGCUUGAGAAAGCAGAUAAUGUGUCAAUCAUAUGCAUAGAUUUGCUGCAAAACGUGGAAAGUAGGCCUGAUCCACUUCUUCCCGAAAUCCAUGGAGCAGUAAACGUGUUAUGGGAUCGAUGGUUUGAAGGUCCUCAGGAGCCACACGAAUGUACAUGUUUGAUUCUAUGA